CAUCCCGUAGUGUUCCCUUUUGUUUCUCUCCCUCAGUGUAGUAGCCCUAGGUUUUCUCACUGUUGUUCUCCUCCUUCCCACAGCCCCGUGCUUAGUCAGAUGAUGUGAAGCUGCCUCUCUCUGUGUCUCCCCGGCCUGAUUCUGGGUGCCCAGUGAUUGGCCACGCUGGGGUCACGUGUCCCGCGGACAGCUGGCUGCGGUGAUCGCGGUCGGUGCCGCCGCCUGCUCCCGCCUCACAGCCCGGGCUAUCCCUGCUCGGCUGCGGCCGCUGUUUAGCUUGUCCCGCCGCAGCAUGGGAGAUAAGAAAAGCCCGACUAGGCCGAAGCGGCAGCCGAAACCUUCAUCAGACGAUGGUUAUUGGGACUGCAGUGUAUGUACCUUCAGGAACAGCGCUGAGGCCUUCAAGUGCUUGAUGUGUGAUGUGCGCAAGGGAACCUCUACCCGGAAACCUCGACCUGUUUCUCAAUUGGUUGCACAGCAGGUAACUCCACAGUUUGUGCCUCCCAUGCAGUCAAAGAAAGAAAAAAAAGACAAAGUAGAAAAGGAGAAGAGUGAAAAGGAAACUACUAUCAAAAAGAACAGUCAUAAGAAAACCAGGCCACGUUUGAAAAAUGUGGAUAGAAGUAGUGCACAGCAUUUGGAAGUCACUGUGGGAGAUCUGACGGUCAUUAUUACAGACUUUAAGGAAAAAACAAAGUCCCCUCCUACAUCCAGUGCUACGUCUGUGGAUCAUAGUCAAAGUGGUUCUGGUUCUGAAAACACGGAGAGGGGCAUAUCCAGGUCUUCAUCUCCAAGAGGAGAGGCAUCAUCAGUAAAUGGAGAAUCUCAUUAAAGUUUAUUUUAUCCCGUCUUUAGGCUUUUCUCUGUUCAGCUAAACAUCACCUGCCAACAGUUACCACAUUUUCAUGAAAAAUUAAUAAUCUGAUGCAAAACAUUUUUUUUUAAUGGUAUGCACUUUUUUUUUUGUACCUUUUGAUUUAUAAGUGCUGUAUUCAUCUUCAUACCCGAUCCUGGAAUCCAGUUACUUGUCAUAUGGUAAGUGAAGCGGAAUAGGACCUGCAUUGUACUUUUUCACAUUAAGAUAAAUCCAUGCUCCUCGAAACAUAAGAUAAAAGGACUAUUUUAUGUUAAAAAUGGCAUAGGUAGGUAGAGACAGUUGACUAAUAACCAGCAAAACCUGAGCUGUGUAAAAUUUAAGAACAUGUUGAAACGUAGCAGAUGUUAUGCCUAUUUCUAAACUGUCAGGCAAAAUCACACCUGUAACAAGAACUUGGUGAUGAGGACCAAUACAAAAUGUCCCUGUACUCUGCCAGCUAUGACAAUUACAUACACUUAAAAGUAAAUCAUAUUUUUAGAGUUCGAUAUAUUUUUUUUUAUGAGUCUUUCAGAUGUUUUAAGUUCUUUUGCCCCCAUUGAACUAUAUAGACUUUUAUGCACUGACGUGGCUCAUAAAACGUCUUAAAUGUUACAGAUUAAUCUCGGAGUGCCAUGAAAAUGUGGUUAUUUUAUGCAGUGUUAUUAGCAAGUCAUCUUUGCUUUCAGGUUAGUUAGUACUAACAUUUUUUUCUUCAAUUAUUUCUCAUGGGCAUGUACUGAAAUACUUUUUUUUUUAUAGUUCAAAGCUGCCUAAAUAUGUAUUAUUUGGAUAAUCGUGGCUCAUAGUUAUGUAUACAAGAAACACUUUUUUUUUUUUUUUUCUGCAAUAGGUAUUUUAAAGUGGUUAUCUAAAAUACACCUGCUGGUACUUGGUGUGAUUUAAUAGGGGAAAAUAUAUAAAAUAAAGCCUUUUUUAUGAAGUUUUGCCAAUCUUUCUUUUGCCCAUUCACCUUGACUUUCCUACUUGCAACAUUUUACAUGAAUGUUUAAAAUUACAUUUUAAAGUCUUUAGCUGUACAAAAAUGUCAUGUUAAAUAUUCUGGUAAAAUGUUAAAGGGACACUGAACCCAAAAUCGUGAUUCAGAUAGCGUAUGCAAUUUUAAGCAAUUUUCUAAUUUACACCUAUUAUCACUUUUUCUUCGUUCUCUUGCUUUCUUUAUUUGAAAAGGAAGGCAUCUAAGCUAUUUUUUGGUACAGAACCAUGGAAAGCACUUUUUAUUGGUGGGUAAAUUUAUCCACCAAUCAGCAAGAACAACCCAGUUUGUUCACCAAAAAUGGGCCGGCAUCUAAACUUACAUUCUUUGCAUUUCAAAUAAAGAUACAAAGAGAAUGAAGACAAUUUGAUAAUAGGAGUCAAUUAGAAAGUUGCUUAAAAUUGCAUGCUCUAUCUGUAUCACAAAAGAAAAAAAAAUGGGUUCAGUGUCCCUUUAAGUAGAUUGUUGGCUGUUAAUCUGGAAAAAAUAUUUUUUUCACUCGUUUUUACACUAGUCUCAUCUUUCUUGAUUUGGCAAUUUUAAUUUCAAAUAUAUUUGUGAUCACUAAAAAAAAUAUAUAUCUUUAUGAUGGUGUUUUAAUGUCAACUUACCCAAAGCUUUUGUCUUUAUAUGUACCCUUUUGACUUGUCAUUUGCAUUAAAACAAUUAUUAGAAACGCUGCACAACCAUAAAAAGGAAAAUAUAUAUUUUGGGUUUUUUUUUAUAUUGACAGUUAUGAUGACAUACCAGUAAGAGGCACGGUGAAUAUAUAUUUAAAGGAACUAUAUAAUCUAAAGAAGCCCUUAAGUACCCUGUGGUUCUUUUUAGUAGUGAACUCUUCUUUCAGUAUGUUAUUUUGCGUGUUUUGCUAUAAAAUGCUUUAUGUUUGUUUUAAGAUGCCUUUCUGCGGUGCCUUUUUGAGCUUGUUUUUCUAAUAAAAUGACUAGCUCCUGUAAUGGCACAACACUAAGCAAAUAAAUAACUCUGGUUAAAUAAAUAAGAAUCUAAGAUUUAACUAGUCACUUUUCAUAGUGAUGGGAAUGGUUUUAUGCAUCUAGAAAGCUGCAUUUUAAAGGCCAGUAGAAAUACAACAAUUUUAUUGUAAAACACAUUCAGUUACUGAAAAGAAUACUGAGGUAAUUAAGAGCUUGUUUGGGAUAUUCCCUUUAACAUUUCAUUGUUAUACAGAUACAACUUUGUAAAGCAAAAUAAUAUCUAAAAUAAAAUGGUGGUCUUUAAAAAUGUUAUCGCUAUUUUCAUUAUUAGGAGAAAAUAUACGAUACUAUAUUUUAAACAUUGUGAAUUUUAAAAAUAGCCAACCUAAUGGAAAUCCUCUUAGCGUUUUGAUUUUAAAUGUAUUUAUUUUUUUAAGUAUUGCAUUAUUAAAAAAUAAUCGCUUACUUAGAAAGUGCUUUUUCUUAUUAAAAUAAUUUAAUGUUAACUAAAAACACACAUUAAUAGAUGAUUUCAUAUUAUGUAUUCGCCAUCAAGCCUCGCAUUUCCCUGUUACACUUUUUUGAUUCUGUGAUGCCUUAUGUUUCUGAUGGUUUAAAUCAAUGAACAUUAUUUUUCUCAUUAUUACUGCCAAGUCAAUAAAUGUUACUUUCACAAUUAUUUCACAUGGAAAUAUUAUGAGAAAUCACUUCCUAUUUUUUUUGUCAAGGCCAGAUUUGUCUUGCACUGUGACCACUGUUUUUAAUUUUAUUUUAAUCAAUAUAUUCUACUAAUGGUGAAGAUUAUAUCGCAGCUGAAAAAUAAUGCUUAUUUAGAGGGACAGUAAACAACUUGAGAUUUUUAUAUAAAUUGUUUAGUUAUGCGUAAUGAAACAACUUAGUAAUACAUUUUCAUUGUUUAUUUUACCCCAUUUUCACGUAAUUUGGCUCUGAAAAUUGAGUAUUUUAUAAUUCUCAGAAUACUGCUGACUUCUCAAAUCUAACACUGCUACAUAUUUCCCUUAUUGGAUUUAACUGAUAACAACUACAAAACUACACAUUUUAUACCAACAUAAUAUUAACCAUGGCACGCGCUGUUUUCUGCAGGCUAAAGCUGAGAUUGAAUCCUCCAAAUAAAGGAAAUAAUGUGUGGAGUUUGGCUACUGAAACCCAGUUGCAGUAAAAAUGUUAAUUUUUGUAAAAAUGUUUAGACUUGUCUGAUAUAGUAUUCUUGUAAUUACAAGGUGUUUAUUGUUCUUUAAGGGUCUAAUGGCAUUUUUUGUAGAAACAUUUUGAGAUUUUAAACUGGAGUAUAAUCUUCCCCAUCGUUAGAUAUAUUUAAAUGUCUGUUUGAAAUUAACCUAAUGUGGAAACAGUUAUUCUAAAUUGGUAUCUUGUACAUGUACCAAUUAACAUUUUUAUGAUUUUGCAUUUUUGCUCAUAACCACAAAAUAUUUUCACUCCAAAAUAAAAAAUGUAAUGUUACCCAUUUAAUUAA